GCCAUCUUGUGUAAUGUGUAUUGCAGAAAUUUGUAAAUUGCGUCCUUCAGGGCCUUGGAACUGCAGCAAUGGAUCAGAAAAACAUUAUCUGGAUAAAAACAGAGAUAACAGAUGAGGUGUCAACCUUGCCAGACUCCACAAUGCAGCAUAAUUCCAGUCAGUUUAAUCUUGAGAAUGAACAAUGGACUUGGCUCUUACCAUUUACUUCGCUGCACCCUGACUGUUAAAAAAAAGUGAAGAAAUGUAUCAGAACCCAGCUCACCUUGAUAUAUGGGCCUUCAUGGUCCAGGUUUACCCAUCCACCAUAAAUGUAAAAGAAGAAUUGCAGGUGUGUGUGAACCAAGAGUUAUGUCCUCCUGAAUUUGAACAUCAUGUGACUAAGGAGGAGUAUCUUGAAGAUCCAUUGGUAAGGUCAGGGUCCACUGAUUCUGUCGGGGAGUAUCUGGAACUAAAUUUGGAAGCAGAAGAAACUGAGGACUUUGUCUUGGCAUCAGAGAAUGAUCGUCUUGAUGAGUGUGAUCCAUUGAGUGUAACAGAUGGCGAGGAGCCAGCCUCAAAAAGACGUGCACCACACAGCCAAUGGAUGAUUAAAACGACUAGUGAGACUGGUAGCAUUGCAUUUGAAGAAACACAUCUGCAGGGAGUGACUGGUGAUAAGCUGGACUUUGCUGCAGGGAAAUCAUCAAAUUUGCAGAACAGUGCAUUAUCCAAUAGAAGUAGUAACUGCUUAAAGGAAAAAGAAAUUCAAGACUUCACAUGCAGUUCAUGCAGCGAAACUUUUUCAUCAAAAUACAAUCUCAUAAUGCAUGUGUUCAUUCACAUUGAUGGUGUUCAGCCACCUGCACAUAUCUGUAUGAGGUGUGGUGAUGUUUUUCUCACCCAUGAGAGCCUUAGCGAGCAUUCAGUGGUGCAGAGAGAAAUUAGUCAAGGAGAAUAUAAUCAGUGUACUACACAUUCUAAUGAAUGUGCUAGUUUCCACCCCUGCAAAGUAAUGUGUUCUGGCAAGAGGGCUCUCAAGUGUGAUAAUUCUAACAGAUCCUUUAUUACUGCUGAUAGUCUCAGACCAGACAGAUCUGGUGUUUGUGGGGAAUCAUUUAGUCAUUCUGGUGGUCUGAAGAGUUACUCAAAAGCAAAAGUAUGUGCUAGCGAAAGGCGACAUAAGUGUGAGGUAUGUGGGAAAGGCUUCUCUCACGCUGGCGAUCUAAGAAGACAUGCAUUUCUACAUACUGGUGAGAGACCCCACGAAUGUGGCGUGUGCGGAAAAUCGUUCACUAUGGCGUAUCAUCUGAAGCUGCACUCAUUUCUGCAUACUGGCGAGAGACCACAUAGAUGUGACGUGUGUGGGAAAUCGUAUACAGACUCAGGUCAUCUUAGGAGGCAUGUUUUAACACAUACUGGCGAAAAACCACACAAAUGUUUAGUCUGCGGAAAAUCAUUCACAGAGUCUGGUACACUCAAGAAACAUAUCUUAAUACACACUGGAGAAAGACCACACAAAUGUGACGUAUGUGGUGAAUCCUUCAGUCAGUCUGGUCAUCUUAAAACUCAUUCUAUAAUACAUACUGGCGAGAGGACACACAAAUGUUCCACGUGUGGGAAAUCUUUUACUCUGUCACGGCAUCUCAAGAGACAUACAUUAACACAUACUGGCGAGAGACCGCACAAAUGUAACGUUUGUGGGAAAUGCUUUGCGGAUUCUGGUAGUCUGAAGGCACAUUCAUUAAUACAUAUUGGCCGUAUAUUACACAAAUGUGACGUUUGCGGGAAAGCGUUUACUCGCUCAAAUAACCUUAAGAUGCAUUCUCUAAUACAUACUGGUAAGAGACCCCACAAAUGUGUAGUCUGUGGGAAAUCUUUUACUCAGGCUGGUAACCUAAAGGCACAUUCACUUAUACACUCUGGUGAGAGACCCUACAAAUGUGAUGUCUGCGGGAAAUCAUAUACUCAGUCUAGUGGUCUCAAGACUCAUGCUGCAACACAUAUUGGUCAACCUACACGAAUCCAGUCAUAGAGAUGAUAAUCGAUUAGCUCAACAGAAACACUUUCGUUCAUUCAGGAGAAAAAUCUCAUAAUUUAUAUUACUGGCCACCAUGAACUAUCUUACUAGAUGUUCAGUGAUGUGUGCUGGAGGCAGAAGACAGAAAUAUGGUUAUUAGCUAUAGUGAUAGAUUUCUCACAGAUGUUACUAGGCUUCUAUAUGAGUACAUAUCUGAGAAAAUUAAACAGUUUAAUUAUGAGACCAAAUCCUUUGGUGAGACUAGUAAAUCGUUUGGCAAUGUAUCUGUGAUUUGUGUUGGUGGAUCAUACAACUGGUUGUCACAAAAUACAUUUUACUGUCUGCAAGUGUUGGAUCACAGUGUAUGGAAGAAGUUGUAAUAGAUGUGCAAGUAUAAUGUCAUGUGUGGAAAUAUAUACCACUAAUUGAAAAAGAAAAUUUGUAACUAGAGUUAUCAAAAUGUGCUGUGUGUUAAAUCUGAUGGAAAGUAGCC